GCUUUCAGCCUAAAGCAAAGAAACUUCUGUUCGGGGUAUUUUCUCGUAAAAUUGUCGUUUUCUCUCCAAACUACCAUUUUCCUUGGUUGAUAAAAGGCAAAAUGAGCGACAGAACCAAGAAUUCUUUCGCACAACAUGGCCACGGGUGACUGACAACGUGUGAGCUCCGGUACAAUUUGUAAACCAUACAUGACGUACCUACCUGUUGGAAAGAAACAAACAUGUCGGCCCGAAGUAUGUGCAAUCGUUUGUACAUAAUUUCUUGCCUUUCCUUCCAGUUAUGCUUUCUAACUACACGUAUUUCCUCUUGUGGAAUGAGCACGCACAUUGACAUCGCCCAUCAGGCUAUCAAUUGGUUCAAGGAUGCAAGAAACAAGACUGAUUACAGGGAUAUAAUCUUGAGGCAUCAAGAUGCGUUCAUUGGCGGAAAUCCCUACCCGGACGCCAUGUAUUCAAGUCUCUGUUUCGGUGGAAAAUUUCAUUCGAUCGCUGAAGAUACACACUGGGCACCUUUCCUAAAUGCUACCGUUAGGUACAUCAGGAAGAAAUACCCAAAACCUUGGGACCAGAACACAGAAAAGUUGGUUGCCUUUACCCUUGGCUUUGUAUCGCACCAAGUAGCAGAUGUAACAUGGCACAGUCUUGGGAUUGAGCAGGGUUUCCUGACCACCAUGGGAGAUGUCAACUUCUUUGGUUCAUUUCCCGCUGCUCAUAGUGUUGGUGACCCUGGGGGUGACAUGGUGGUGUCAUUUGAAGGUGAUACAAGAAAAAUACCCUCAGGCAUUAAUGAAUGGUACAUUCCAUCUGGAGAUCUGGAAAAUAUUUACCUUGACUAUUAUGGAGAGAAGAAGAUCAAUAAAGAUGAGAUUGAACUCUGUUCUGCUCUCAUGCUUCUUGGUUGGGUAGGAGAGAAGAUUGCUGGAGCAAAGCUGUUUUCUAUAUAUUCAAAGACAUCACCAUUUUUGAUGGAGGAUGUGCAUUCAUAUUUUCAGGGGGGCGUGGCUGACAUGGCAGCCUGGUCCAUUCUUCUCUGGCACAAAACUAUAGACAUGUUGGAACAUGGUACAGAUGUGUGUGUCAUCCCCAAAAGCCCGCUGUUUAUUAACUGCAACAAGACUGAUCAUGCUACUGGUUUGAAAGCAAAACAGUCCAACAGAAAGCUAAAGAACCCUGGCACUGUAAUUCUACAAGAAAUCCGUAAAAAAAUGAAUUUAUCAGAUCUGAACAUUAGACAGACUGAGAGAGGAAGUUAUUUCUCUUUAUCAGAGUCUCUCCGCGCAAAGGCGCUGAACAAGAGGGAACUUUCAAGGGGUUGCCAUGGUUCUGAAAACUGCCAUCUUGAAGUAAUAGCUAACGAAAACAGUGCAGAUCAAGUGGGAUUAACAACAUCAGCAGAAUAUUGGUCUUCUGUGCCAUAUGCAAGAUUAGGAUGGUCUCUGGCGCAUGGUAAUUUUAAUGGCCUUAACCACUCCCUUGUGAUUGGUGGGCCGGGUUAUGGAACACCAGGGUACAGCCAGCAUGGUCGCAUAUACCUUGUGACUGGUACAACUGACAGUGGCUUACCUUGUGAGGACUUAAACUUAGAUGUUUCCGCUAACAUGAUUCUCGAUGGAAUGGUGGAGAAUGGUAGAUUUGGAACAGCGGUGGCAGUGGUGGAUUUAAAUGGAGAUGGAGUGGAUGAUCUAGCUGUCUCUGCCCCAUCAACAGGUGCCAAUGAUCUUCAGUAUACAGGUACAGUGUACCUAUUUUAUGGGGUGAAAGGAGAAAGACUUGGUACCAAACCAAGCCUCGCAAUCCAUGGCAAUGGGACAUAUUACAACCUUGGCACAUCUCUCCUGGGGGCUGAUGUUGAUGGCGAUGGCUUUAAGGACCUCAUAAUAGGGUCUCCAUAUGCCCCAGAAGGAGGUCCUCAGAGGGGCUCUGUUGUGGUGUUUUUAGCCAAAACACAGAGAAAACCCGGGUCGGAUAUUUCUGUACACGAUGCUGACUGGAUGGCAUUUGGUGAACAAAAUUACAGCUGGUUUGGUUACUCAGUGACUGUUGCCAACACAAAUGGAAAGAUGCUUCUAGUCAUUGCUGCACCAACAUUCAGGCUUUGUGCCAAUAAAGACUGCAGCUACUCCAAGGAUGACAUACAAAGUGUGGGAAGAAUUUACUUGUUUCAGUUCGCCCUGACGGGCACACCCCAGCCCCUUACAACCAUAACUGGCCACAAGACAUUUAUGAAAUUGGGUUCCAGCCUUGCUGUGGGGAAUCCUUAUAAUAACAGUUUUGUCAACAAAGACAAUGAUAUGCUAGCAGUUUCUGCCACGACUCUGAGUCUUGAGGGCUACCUGGAUUACUUGAAAGAUAUGCCAGUCCAGUUCGACCAAUCUGGAGCCAUCUACAUGAUAAACCUGACAACUGUUCUUCAACAUGGAAAUGACAUGUCCAUUGAAGACAUAAGUUAUGCCGCCAUGUUUGAAGGUGACCGUAGUUUUGCCAGAUUUGGUUGGAGUUUGGCUUUAACAGAUGUGAACCAGGAUGGUGUCGAAGAUUUGCUCUUCUCUGCACCAUUUAGAACUGAAGACAUCACUGAGGAGUUAAAGGGAGCUGAGGAAGGUGAGUUGUACGUGUUCUAUGGGGGAAGUUCCUUUCCAUCUGGAAAUGCCACAAGAGGAUGUCAGAAAAUUGAUCCAUGUCCUGGAGAAAAGGCAUCUUUCACGGUAAAAAGCCCUGAGGAGAGGUCCCGCUUGGGAGCAGUAUUUCUCAAUGUGCCAUCAAGGGGUUCAUCAGCUGUAAACUUGGUUGUUUCAUCUCCUCGUAGUUCUUACAAAGCUUUCCACUCUGGUUCUGUUCACGUGCUACAGAUACCCACACAACUGACAUCUGCCUGUGCCAAUGAUCUUCAGUAUACAGGUACAGUGUACCUAUUUUAUGGGGUGAAAGGAGAAAGACUUGGUACCAAACCAAGCCUCGCAAUCCAUGGCAAUGGGACAUAUUACAACCUUGGCACAUCUCUCCUGGGGGCUGAUGUUGAUGGCGAUGGCUUUAAGGACCUCAUAAUAGGGUCUCCAUAUGCCCCAGAAGGAGGUCCUCAGAGGGGCUCUGUUGUGGUGUUUUUAGCCAAAACACAGAGAAAACCCGGGUCGGAUAUUUCUGUACACGAUGCUGACUGGAUGGCAUUUGGUGAACAAAAUUACAGCUGGUUUGGUUACUCAGUGACUGUUGCCAACACAAAUGGAAAGAUGCUUCUAGUCAUUGCUGCACCAACAUUCAGGCUUUGUGCCAAUAAAGACUGCAGCUACUCCAAGGAUGACAUACAAAGUGUGGGAAGAAUUUACUUGUUUCAGUUCGCCCUGACGGGCACACCCCAGCCCCUUACAACCAUAACUGGCCACAAGACAUUUAUGAAAUUGGGUUCCAGCCUUGCUGUGGGGAAUCCUUAUAAUAACAGUUUUGUCAACAAAGACAAUGAUAUGCUAGCAGUUUCUGCCACGACUCUGAGUCUUGAGGGCUACCUGGAUUACUUGAAAGAUAUGCCAGUCCAGUUCGACCAAUCUGGAGCCAUCUACAUGAUAAACCUGACAACUGUUCUUCAACAUGGAAAUGACAUGUCCAUUGAAGACAUAAGUUAUGCCGCCAUGUUUGAAGGUGACCGUAGUUUUGCCAGAUUUGGUUGGAGUUUGGCUUUAACAGAUGUGAACCAGGAUGGUGUCGAAGAUUUGCUCUUCUCUGCACCAUUUAGAACUGAAGACAUCACUGAGGAGUUAAAGGGAGCUGAGGAAGGUGAGUUGUACGUGUUCUAUGGGGGAAGUUCCUUUCCAUCUGGAAAUGCCACAAGAGGAUGUCAGAAAAUUGAUCCAUGUCCUGGAGAAAAGGCAUCUUUCACGGUAAAAAGCCCUGAGGAGAGGUCCCGCUUGGGAGCAGUAUUUCUCAAUGUGCCAUCAAGGGGUUCAUCAGCUGUAAACUUGGUUGUUUCAUCUCCUCGUAGUUCUUACAAAGCUUUCCACUCUGGUUCUGUUCACGUGCUACAGAUACCCACACAACUGACAUCUGCCUAAUCUCCAAAGUUAUAGAAACUUUUAUUAAAAAUAAUAAUAGUUUAUUAAUAAUAAUACAAUCAAACCAGUCUCCUUACAGAGCCAUAAAUUUACAGUUACCUCUAUAUUACAGACAGUCAGCAAAAACAGAAUUCAUAUUUUAAUACUACCCUCCAUAAUACGUCUACCUCCAUAAUAAGGACACUCACAUCUGCCCUUUGGUGUCUCUAUUAAAGAGGUUUGACCGUAGCAUUUUUUAUGGCACCAAUUUACUAGUUACCCAUAACAUUUUUAUUACAAUAUUCAAAGAUAAUAACAAGCAAUAGAAAACAAACCAUUAUUGAUUUAUGGCUUCUCUGAUAACUAAAUAUAGUUUUCUCCAGGUCAAAGAGAAAGGAUACUGCUACUUAGAGAAACUGCAUAUUAAUAUAUUUGUUGUUUACUUACCAAGUAUGCAGUAUUUCUUCAUUAUUAUAUGGCUUGUGUUAGGAACUGGUAUAAUGCAUGUUCCGAUUGGCUAAUUCUAGGGCAUUAUUCUCCUGCAAUGCCAACAGGCUGAUUAGGGGCCUGCAAAAACAAAGCAAAAAGCCAGAUAAUAAACAACUUAUUAGUUACCUCGCACAUUCAGUCUUUAUGGGAAAAUCUCAAACCUCUAGUUGCCAUAUCUAUCUUGGUAUCCCUCGGUCAAUACCGCAAAGGCUCAGUUUGAGAUUUUCCUGUAAAGACCACACUCUUGGUAAAUAAGUAGUUAAUAUUUAGCAUACAUGUACUGUAGUUAAUCCUGAAAGUAAAGGGUGAUGCAGCAUAAAUUUCUGAAUAUUAAAUAUAUCUUGGUUUUAGAUGUAUUGUUUUCCCAAAACUUGUGAUCUGAGAAGCUUGUUAAAGCAAAACCAAUGACCCUUUGUACAUUCAGGAUUCCAUGGUACAUGUAGUCCAUUUAGCUGUCCAAAAAUGCAUCAUUUGUAUGAGUCAAGUACAUGUACUGUAACAUACCAUAAGAAACUUCAAACCAAAUUUUUUAAGCUGACCCCAUCCAAUGCAUUGUUGGCAAAACAAUCUUUUAAAUGUGCAAACUACACUGUCUUAUUUUUUAUAAAAUUUUCUACAAAAUAUUAUUAUUAGAAUUUGUAUCAUUACUUUUGUAUUAACUACAUUAUAAUUACAUAAUUAUUAAUGAGUGAUUUCUUUGAAAUCGAUUUUGCAAUAAAAACUAACAACAAAAAGUCAUGACGUUUUGACCUCUACGAGGUCAUUUUCAAGUGCAAAUAAAAAUAUAUAAAAUUAGUAUAAAUACGUUUCUUACAAUAAAAAUACUUUAAAAUGUCACGAACUGUAGAAUUAUGCAAUAAAAUAAUUAUGUAAGAUAAGUGAUAAGAGUAUUUGCAAAGUUAAAAAGGGAACCUAAAACAAUGAGACAAUAAAGCAAUACUUCUAAGCUCAAAGAACUGAUCUAAACAUUCAAAUAAUUUAGCGUGAAUUGAAUCGCAUUGUUUGUUCAGUGUUGGUUUUAGUUAAAUAGAUAAUAUUUUAUCAUUAAAAUUGAAAAAAUGUA